AUUAACCCUUGUGACGUGACAUAUUCAAAUUUUCGCAGCAACGUUUUUGUUUGUAUUGGAAUCUCCGCAGCUUUCAUUAGCGAUUUCAACUGCCUAGAAAGUUAAUCAAAGUUUCAUAGUUCAAUGUUUUGACGGCGGUUUAACUGUUUAUUUAUUAUUGUGUUAUUUCAAUGGAAGGCACCGUCAUUGGACCUGGGCCUUAUCGGGCUACGAAGUUGUGGAAUGAAACCAUCAAACUCUUCCGUGGGGGCAUGCCACUCAGAAGACACUGGGCACACUUCCGCUACUACGAUUACAGUUUCACCGGGUCAGAAGCUGUGGAUUUCUUGCAUGACUUACUAAGGCGGAACUACAACUUUGGACCUGACGUGACUCGCUACCAAACUCUGCAGCUCCUGAAGAAGUUUUUCAAGGCCCAUGUCAUUGAGGAUAUCAAAGGGCGGCACGGAACAGAAGAUUUUGAAGAUAACGGUCAUCUUUACAGGUUUCCUUCACAGUCUCCUCUAAAGUCUUUUCCAACACGGCCUCUGUGGAGAGACAGCAGUGACGUGCCCAGACUUAUCCGCUGGGAUGACUACGAAGAACUGCCGCAGCAGGAAAAUGUUGCACCCCUCAAGCCUGCUGUGAUGACUUCAGACCUGUGGAACAAACGUCACAGUGUAGCCAUUGGUGAUGUGCAUGAAUGCAAGCUCAUACGCAGGAAGGAGAUGACUCCCAAACAAGUGGACCACACUUGGAAAUCAAUGACAGUUGCACAUUUACAGAGAGUGCUGGGUCUGAAGUCAUUGGAUGGAGUUUUAAACCCUGCACAAGUGUACGGCAAACACAUUGUUCAUAAUGUGUUCAGUGUUAAUAAGACGGGUAUAGUUGUGUUGGAGAACAAAGCAGAGGACAUGCCUUAUUGGGUGGUAUCAGCAAUGAGAUGCCUUGCCAACUGGCCUAAUGGUAAUGAAAGUAACCAACCAGUGUAUCCUGGUUUUGAGAGGGAUAUCCUUAGAACCAUAGCAGAUUAUUUUCAGAGGCUCAAAGAACCACUUCUGACGUUUCAACUGUAUGAAGUGUUUGUCAACAUUCUCAGUCUGCUGCAAGAGGAGGAGGUGGCCACUGAAGCUCUUCAGCUCAGCACACUCUUGCUGCCUCCACCCAACCGAAGACGCCUCCAGCUCUUGAUGCGUCUUAUGGCACGGGUCUGCCAGAAUCCCCACCUACCGCCUCUCAAUGACACCAUUAUGACACGCACACUGAUGCUGCAGAUGUUCUCUCACUGCGUCCUGGGCUCGGUGGAUGAGAUGGACUUGGAUGAGCUGCUGGCCACCAAACUGGUGACGUUCAUGGUGGACCACCAUAACGUCAUCUUCCAAGUUCCUUCCAAGCUGCACAGCCAGGUUGAGGAGCACAUGUCACAUUUCAAAAGAGCUCAGAUCAAAUAUGUCGGUUCUGAUACGGACUUCAGUGCUUCCCCAGCCUUCUGUAAACAGAUCAGGAGAGUUGAGUCUGAAGAGCAGAAGGUGAUCGGCACCCAGACCUCUCUGCACGAGCUGCUGGAGGGUCUAAUCGCAGACAAAGAACUUCCUGUUAAGGACAAAAGAAAAAGGCUGAAACAGUUCCAACGCUCGUACCCAGAAGUCUACAAUAAUCGCUUUCCCACUGAAGAAAGCAAAGCAGCCAUCAUUCCAGAGAAAACGUCUCGACUCAAACAAAAUUUCAUGCUCUUCAACAUCAAGAAGCCGCUGCAGCCUUUUCAGAGGAGCUGGAGUUUUAGGGCCUGAUGCAUCAUCAGGCUGGUGUCCAUCUCAAUGUCCUGAAACUAAGAGGAAUGUGGGGAAACGGCCAUUGAUGGUACUUUUAUUGUUUUAUACCAAUUCAAAAUCAUGCAGUUUUUUUUUUUUACGUGUUGAAACUUUCAACACCCGUCUCAACUGGUACAUCUUUUGAUGUGUCUGUCUUUAAACACACUAUGGUAAAAAUGUUACGGUUUCGGAAUUUCACACCGUUAUUGAUUGGUCUCAAUUUGUGAAUUACUUGCAACGUUUUCUAAACUUAACUAAUAUGUCCUUUUAAUGACAUUUCUAAAUAUGUACUCAUUGUUGUGAGAAAACCAAAUGUACUUACAAGUAGUAAAUGAACCACUAAUGUUUUAUAAUAGGUUUGACUUAAAUCUUUUUUUACAUUACUGUGUCCGUAAUCUUUGUGAGAAACGUCCAAGAUCCUGGAAAGUAGCUCAGUACUGUGAAGAGAACAGUGACCAAAUGAUAAAUGAAUGCACUUCAAAUGUGGGAAUGCAGGUUGUAAUUUAAGAUACUCUGGCAGUGAGCUGGUUCCAUUCACACCUCACCACAGUUUAAUUCAUUUAUUUUAUAAAAUACUGGUAAGCCAGUGUGUCACAACAUGAACCCUUUUGUGCUCAGGGGUCACUGCAGUUAACAACUGUUUAGAAGUUGUACAAAAGCCACAGGUUGACACAGUGUUAACUUUGUAAACUGGCCCUCAAUAUGACACUGACUAAAGCCAACAUAACUGCAAGGACUUCACAGGAGCAUGUGACAUACUCUAAAUCAUUUUUUUUUAUUCUAUAGCUAUAUAUAUAUAUAUAUAUAUCAGAUGCAUGUUUUCCAAUAAUUUUAGUUUUUCUGCUGCCUGGAGCUUACUUUCACUCUUGGACGAAGGGUUUCGUAAGUAUUUCUGAAAUGUGAGAUGGUCUAAAAAUCUGCUGUAAUUGUUUCAUCUGUAGCGUUUGUCAGUCUUGGAAGAUUUUUUUCCAUGUUGUCAUAGAUUUCAUUGUUCACUCAGGAUGAUUUUGUUUGUGCUCAAAGAGCUACUGUACUAAAAUUCUGGAAUGAAAGUAGCUGGUUUAGAAAAUGCAUUUCAAGUAUUACUGUAGAUGUCAACAUAGCAGGUCGUGAAUGACCUAUGUGCAUCAUGCACUUACUUUAUUAAUGAUACAUUUUUGUGUUGUUGUUGUACAUUAUAUAAACUGUCAUUUUUAUGCUGGAACACUCUGAACCAUGUGAUGUGAUGUCAGAGUUAUUGUGAUGCUGGAAGCAAAAAAAAAAAUCAACAUGUUUGUGUUUGUCAGGUUAACAGUUACAUGAUGUUGUUGAACAGAUCAGUGGAGCUGUAGGGAGUUUGAGUGACAUGUUACAUGGCACUAGUUCUUAUAAAAAAAAAGGGGAAACAUUGCUGUAAGAAUGAUGGUGGUUUCAGAGCUGUCAUCAAGUUUGUCAAAAAAGGGAACAAAAAAAACUACAUACGUGUUGAAACUCAACACCCGUCUCAACUGGUACAUAUUACGAUGUGUCUGUAUUUCUUUUUGGUUUUUGUGUUUGUCACUGUUUUGUCUUACCUUAAAUCCAUUUUUAUUGUUUUUGUUUUUAUAAUUGCUGUUGAACAAAUCCAAUAAUGCUGGAAUAACUGUUACACUUGAACUGCUGCUGUUUGCUGGAAAACAUAUCAGGAGAAAAGUGAUUUCACACUGUUGACUGUCUUAAAAAAAUGUAAUUAGAAAACAGUGGCUUUCUGUGAGUCAUUUGUUGCUAUUGCCACAAAAUUACGUUAGAUUAUUUUUAGAAAAUCUAAUUUUAUGAUUUUUUUCCAACAGUUCACAAUGUCCAGAACAUGGCAAUAAACUAUGUAUUUUUUUUAAAUUUCAUAAGUUCUAUUAAAUGAUGAAAGAAUCUGGAAUUGUUUCACUAAUUC